AUGGCUGGCCGAACUCCGAUUAGAACAAUAAACUCAGCUCUUAUUGCUAUGAUUGCUGAUGAGGACACUGUUACCGGUUUUUUACUUGCUGGAGUUGGUAAUGUUGACUUGAGGAGGAAAACUAAUUACCUCAUUGUGGACUCAAAAACAACUGUGAAACAGAUCGAAGAUGCAUUCAAGGAUUUCACUUCACGGGAAGACGUUGCUGUAGUACUACUCAGCCAAUAUAUCGCAAAUAUGAUAAGGUUUUUAGUGGAUAGCUACAACAAGCCAGUUCCAGCUAUUCUGGAAAUCCCUUCCAAGGACCAUCCCUAUGAUCCCGCACACGACUCUGUACUUUCACGAGUGAAGUACCUCUUCAAUACCGAAUCUGUGGCAUCAGGAAGGCGUUAA